AUGGGAAAGACGCCUCGCGUGAGUCAUCUCCAAGAGCGGAGAAAUCAUCGCGAAACACCCAAUAUGAAGAUGGAGGCGAUGAUCUUACCAGACCUCGUCAGUCACGACAAAUCAGACAAGUCUCGUCGUCGACGAUCCGGAAGCGGACACAGAAACAAUGAGGGACAUGGUCGACACGGAAGACACCAGAGUCACGAUGGAGACGAAAGGGUGCAUUCCUCAAGACCAAGCAGGUACCGCCACCGACGUCGACAUCGACGCCGCUCGCCAACACCACCAAAUCCUUUCGAACCUCCGCCACUCGACCCCGAGGCUGCCUUCCGAGAAUCUCUGUUUGAUGCCAUGGCUGACGAUGAAGGGGCUGCGUAUUGGGAAUCCGUCUACGGCCAGCCUAUCCACGUGUACUCCAAUGAAAGAAGCGGCCCGACUGGUGAGCUGGAGCAAAUGACGGACGAGGAAUAUGCGGCCUACGUACGACAAAAGAUGUGGGAAAAGACGCAUGCUGGGCUGCUUGAGGAGAGGGCUAAACGUGAAGAACGGCGCAAACAGAAGGAGGAGGAAGAACGCAUUGCUCGCAAGCUGCACGAAGACAUGGAACGAAGCCUACGGCGUGGAGAAGAACGACGGCAAAAAAGACGGUGGGUCGAGCAGUGGGAGAAGUAUACCAGGGCAUGGGCAUCAUGGGACGGUAAAUUAGAUACCUUGGCGUGGCCUGUUGAUGGCAGACAACGCAAGGAUAUUACUGACGACAAAGCCGUGCGGUCGUUCUUCAUCCGCGGGCUGGGCCUGGAGGACAUGGGAGAGCAGGCGUUUAUGGCCAAGCUCAAAGAGGAGCGAGUUCGUUGGCAUCCGGAUAAAGUGCAGCAGAAGCUGCGUGGCGAUGUAGACAGCGAGGUCAUGAAGGACGUGACGGCUGUAUUUCAGAUUAUCGACAAGUUGUGGGCGGAUACGCGAGCAAAGGCGUAA